AUGGCUCCCAAGCGCAAAACCAAAGCAUCUAGCAGAUCUGGAGCUGCCGCCAGACCAGCCAAACGCCCGCGUCAGGCCAAAGAAAAUGGCAUACCCGCCGAAGCCCUAGACGUCUACGCCUUCGGUACCGGCGUCGCAGGCGAGCUAGGUUUCGGCCCUGGUCCUCCCCUGUCCUCCGACCCCGAGUCCCACACGCAGCUGCGGGCCCCGCUGCUCAACCCUGCGCUGUCCGGCGUCGUGCAGGUCUCGGCGGGCGGCAUGCACUGCGCGGCGCUGACCGCGGCAGGCAAGAUCCUGACCUGGGGCGCCAACGACACGGGCAACCUGGGCAGGGACACGGCCUGGGAGCCCGAGGACGGUGAUGACGACGGUGCCGUGGUCAACCCGCUGGAGAGCACGCCGAUGGAAGUGGACGAGGAGUGGUUUGGCGGGGCUGGGAAGAGGCCCGACUUUGUGCAGGUCGUGGCUAUCGACAAUGCUACUUUUGCGCUUGCAAAGGACGGCAAGGUUUGGGGUUGGGGGUCUUUUAGAGACGAAAAAGGCCUCCUUGGCUUCAUCAAAGCCAACCUCGACAGAAAACCCAACCCAACCGACGCCGACAAGAUCCAGACAAAACCCAUCAUCGUCCCAGGCCUCCCCGGCAACGUCAAGCAGCUGGCCGGCAACACGAACCACAUGCUCGCCCUGACGCACAGCUCGCAGAUCUGGGCCUGGGGCGGCUCGUCGACCUGUGGCGAGCUGGGCCGCCGCAUCCGCAGCACGCGGUCCGCGAGCCGCUACAACAGCCUCGUGCCGACGCGCGUCGCCCUGCCGCGGUCCGCCGCCAGGGAGGUCCGCGCCGUCUACGCCGGGCCCCACCACAGCUUCGCCAUCGACGGCGACGGCAGCGUGUUCGCCUGGGGCGCGAACCACUUUGGGCAGACGGGCGUCGUGGUCCCCCGCGCCGGUGGCGGCGUCGAGGCGGCUCAGGACUGCAUCACGGCGCCCACGCUCGCCCCCUUGCUGGGUCGCGGCCGUGUUGUGCACAUCGCGGCCGGCACGCACCACAGCGUCGCGUGCGCUGCCGACGGCGGCGUCUGGGCCUGGGGCCGUUGCGACGAGGGCCAGGUCGGGCUGGACCUGUCCAGGUUCCCGGCGGGGGAGCUGCUGGUUGACAGACGCGGGCGGCGGGUGGCGCUGCUUGUGCCGAGCAUCGUGCCGUUGGGGGUGGGAGAAAAUGCGACACGGGUGGCUGCCGGCGUGGAUUGUUCGUUUGCGGUGACUGGGAGCGGGAGGGUGUAUGCUUGGGGCUACGCGGAGGGAUACAGGCUGGGGUUGCCGAGUGAGGUCACUGGGCUCGAACCGAAGAGGUUGGUCCGUGAUGCUCAUGGAAACCCGAUCCGGAACGACGGGUUUUCGUGGGCUGGAUGCGGUGGGCAGUUUGGUGUUAUCGCUGGGCCUGUUGUCAAGGAUGCGGCACAGGCAUCGACUCAGGGGGGCAUCGAAUCGGCAGAUGCAGAUAUGGUCAAAGCAAAGAAUGGUGCCGGCGAAGAAGACAUCGUAGACGUAGACCAGGUCGAUAUGGACGAGAUGGAAGACGUCAUUUCUUUCGAAAAGCAGACCAACCAGCGAGAGGGUGGAGCUGCAGAAACGGGGGACGGCAUGGUCGAGAACGAUGCUCACAGCCACAAGGUCACCCAUGGCAGAGAUCCAGUACAACCUCUCGAUGCUGUUACUGGAAGCGGCAACAACAUAGACAACAACCUGCCACGCCUAACAAAUGCCAAUGCUGCGCAUGUCCAAGCUAUACCCGAGAACCUCCUGCCUGAUGGCCCGGUCGAGCGACCCCGCAUCACCCGGAACAAUAUACAAUAUCUCAUCGACAAUCCCGGUCAGGGCGACGACGACUGCGACGACUACAGCUCGGACGGGGGAUCGUUUGCACCGGAAACCGACGAUGAAGAUGACACGGACGAGUGGAUGAGCGGCAGCGACGAAUCGGACGAAAGCGACGAUUCCAGCGGCGGCGGUGGUGCAGCGCUUGCGUCCACUUCCUCUGGAGGAGAGUCAACCCCAGAUGAAGAUGGCGAGUCCGAGGGGAGCAGCGAAUCCAGCAGCAGCGAUGCGACGCCCGAGCCCCCUUCUUCCUCCGAAAGCGAAGAUGUGGAUUACAGUGAGGGAACCAACGACGACAACGGCGCGUCCAGUGGUCGCGAGUCGACGCCCGAGCUCUCUUCUUCUUUUUCUGGAAGCGAGGAAAAUGAGUCCAACGAAGAAAACACAGAAGACAGCAGCGACAGCGACAGCCCAAGGUUGAGACCUUUGCCAGCGAACCAACUUGUAGAUGGGAUGGGACUGCCUAUCCCAGGGCUCAGCACAAGCAUCCUCCUGGAAGGGGAUGACGACAACAGCGAACCCAGUUCGAUCUAUUCCUCCGAAGGCUACGACGACACUGACCACAUCGAGCAAAACACCCAACCUGUUCCGACGUGGGGAAUGCCCCUUGUUGAUGGGAACGGCUUGCCCGUCCCGGGAUGGACGAAUGCCAACCCGGGCGGGUACGACGACGAUGAGCGCAGCUCGCUCUUCUCAUCCGAAGAAGAGGGCGAGGAUAGCCACGUCGACCAAAACGCCCGGCCUUUGCGAGCGCGGGGGUGGUCUCAUGUUGAUGGAAACGGGCUGCCCGAACCUGGUCGGGGAUACGCACCGGACUUUGCUGUUUAUGCCGGCCAAGAAGACGGCGAGGAGGGUGAGGAUGCCGGUGGUGCCGCUUUGGAGUAG